AUUUGCUGAAGCUGCAUUUUAAUCACAGUAUUAAACAUUUUGCAUAAUUUAUGUGUUUUUUAUUCCAGUAAUUAAAAAUGUAACAUUAAAUUAACACCACAUUGGUUAUUUUAUAUAAAACUUGUGCAUCUGUCCAUCAUUUAUCAGCAACCUGUCGAAAACACAGCAGCUUUAAAUGACUGUUGUUCUAUUUUUAUGUCUCUGCUCCUCCUGGCCGGUUUGUUGCACCUGUUGAAUGAAGAUUCGUUUCACUAAUGUGUUUUUCAUCUAAUCCUUGUCUGUUCCCGCCGGCCGCCUCGACCCGGCUCUAAAUUUAGAGCAGCAGCCCUGGAUGUGUUGUGAUGUAAAAAUAGGAGGAGGGAAGCCGGCUCGUUAUUCAGGACAGAGAGUCAAACUUCCAGCUGAAGGAGCGUCGAGACGACGAUCAGUGGAGAAAACAGGGCGGAUUCAAAGAAACAGGUUUCCAGUUAUUCAAAGUCAGCUGGAAAACAAAGAGGAAACACGAUGUUGUCCAAAAAGGAAGAGAAGAGAUUGUUCAGCAACGGCCGUCUGAGAGACCAGUGGGAGAAAAUAGCCCAGAACGAGGCGGACCAGUGCAAACAGGAGGCUGAACGGAAACAGAAAAGCUCCAUUAAAGUUCUUUUCUCAAAGUGGACCUACCACUGGUCUAACGGAGAACAGGUCAUGGAUGAGAUUUCCGACUUCAGGAGGGCGACGACCCGGACAGACGACAAAGAAAAAAAGCCUAAAAUUAAAUUCAAAAUCGUUCCUCCACCUCCAAAACUCAAAGCGGAGCCUCCGCCGCCGCCGCCGGCCCCCAGGAGGUCGUCCUCCCCGAAACGCCACAGGCAAAAACGCAAAGUGGAAGUGGACGUGUUUCGUUUGUGCUGGAGGGAAUCCUGGAUGAGCCUGAAACCACCAAAGUACCUCUACCUGAAGGCCAGAGAGGCUAAAGAGAGGAGGACGCUGCUGAUGACCCUAGAGUGUCCCAGAAGCAGGAAGUACAAAUCAAAGACGUUUGGACCGGACGCGGACGGGACGGGUCCGAUUCCUAAAUGGAGUCAUUCCUGGAAGCAGGUGAAAAGCCCGGCUCAGUCAGAGCAACCAGAGGACAGAGACUUUGAGUGGGACGUUCUGUUUGAGAGGACGCUGGUCACAAAAGUGGAAAUAGGAGAAUAUGGUCUUCCUUCCUGGGCCGGAACAUGGAAGAUCAUGAACUUUCCCUUCAGGCAGCAGAAGAAGAACUGGGACUGCGGUUGGGAAAGUUACCAACAGGAGCCGAGCGACAAGUCCGAUAAGUUCGACCUCAUUCGGGAGCAGCUGGAUCAGGACGAGCCUGAAGGCUGGGAGGAUUCAUGGAGGCUCUCCGGACCAGAAGAUCCGACGGACGGGCCCGCCACGUUCACAGCAGAAAUGAGCGACUGGCUGAUGCCGGGAUGGAGCAAAUCCUGCCUGCUGGCUGCAGCUCCUCCUGAGGAAUACGAAGAGCGGCAGAAGAGCUGGAGCUCCUGCUGGGGCUUCCAGCAGCAGAUCAGGUGGCGUCAGGCGUCCAUCUUGUCCGCUCAUCACCAUAGCAACCAGAUGAGCAGGAGACGGAGAGCCAUAAACGUUUUCCUGUUCUUCGGUCUGGACCGGCCUGGUCUGAGCGACUGGACGGAGGCCUGGAAGGGUCCAAAAGGACAGAAAACACAGGAGGACGACGAAGAGCGGGAGGAAGGAGACGGAACUGAGGAAGAGGAUGAAGGAAUGGAGGAGGAAGAGGAGGAAGAAGAAGAGGAGGAGAUCAGGACAGAAAUAUUUCAAAACUUUAAUAAGAACAAAGGUCAGGAAAAAGAGGAAGAGGAGGAUGAGGGUGUAGAUGAAGAGGAGGAAGAUGAAGAUGAAGAAGAUGAGAAAGAAAAUGGUGAAAAGGAAACGGAGAGAGGAGUCGAUGAGGAGGAGGAGAGUGAAGAAGAUGAGGAAGAGGAGAAAGAUAACAGUGUCAGAGUGAUGAAGGAGGAUGAAGAAAAAUGUGACAAUGCAGAUGAGGAAGAGGAAGAGGAAGAGGAAAUUUAUGAGGAAGAGGAAGAAAACGACAAAAACAAAACGAAGAGUCAAAAGCUUGAAACUGAGCAGAGGAAGAAGGAUGGUGAAGAUGAGGAAGAGGAGGAUGCUGAAGAUGAGGAAGAAGAAGAUGAGGAGGAAGAAGAGGAGGAAAAUCAAGCCAAUGAUGAAGAAAGACACGAAAAUGCCAGAACAAAAGAAACAGAGAGUCGAGAUCCAGUAACUGAGCAGAAGAAGAAUGAUGCUGAAGAUGAGGAUGACGGUGAAGAUGAGGAGGAGGAAGAAGAGGAAGAGGAGGAAGAGGAGGAGGACAGUCAAGCCAAUAAUGAGGGAGAAAUGCAAGAAAACGGAAAAUCAAAAGAAACGAAGAGUCGAGAUCCAGGAGAGCAAAGGAAGGAGGAUGGUGAAGAUGAGGAAGAGGAGGAUGCUGAAGGUGAGGAAGAAAGAAAGGAAAACAACAGAGCAGAAAAAGACGAGAAGGAGGAAACGAAUGCCACAAAGUUGGGAAAAGACAAAGAAGAAGAUGAUGAAGAGGAGGAGUUUCUGGACUUUGAUGAAGAAAGAGGCAAAACUAAAGGAGAUGAAGAGGAGGAAGAGGAGGGAGAGGAAACAGAUGAAGACUAUGAAGAUGCAGAUGAAGAGGAUGAAAAACGAGAGAAGGAAAAAGGAAGAGAAAAGGAUGAAGAUGUAAACCUGAAAGAGGAAGAGGAGGAUGAAGAGAGCCCAGAUUUAGAAGAUGAUGAUGAUGAUGAAGAGGAAACAAACAAAAAACAAGGAAAAGAGGAAGAGGAGGAGAUUAAAGACGAAAGGAAGAACAACAAAGAUGACAAGGAGGAAGAUGAGGAUGAUGAUAGUCUGGAUGUAGAAGAUGAAGAAGAGGAAGAACAGGAAGUAGAUGAAGAAGAAGAGCAGAGAGAAAAAAUGGAGACAAAAACAGAACUGAAGGAGGAAGAGGAGAAGAAGAAAGUUUCCAGUCGGGAUGUAGAGGAUGAUGAAGAGGCUGAUGAGGAAGAGGAUGAUGAAGAGGAGGAAGAUGAGACAGAAGAAAACGAAAAGCAGAAAGACGAAAAUAACGACGAGGAUGAAGAUGGAAACAUUGACAGGAUGAAGAUGGAAACCAAAGAAAGACGCUGCGAAGAUGAAGAGAACAAUGAGGAAGAGGAGGAUGAGGAAGAACAUGAGAGAUGUGAGGAAGACGAGGAGGAAGACGAUGAAGAGGAGGAUAGAAAGAUGGAGGUGGAAGAAAUCAACAAAAACAAAGAUGAAGGUGAGGAAGAUGGAGAAACUGAGGAAGAAAAUCCUGUGGAGGGAAAAGCUGACAAACAAGCAAAGGAAGAGGAGGAGGAUGAAGAACAAGAGAAGAAGAGCGGCGUUCUAAAACAGACGAAGAAGAAGAAGCAGAAAACCAAACCCGGCGCUCCGCUUCACCUGCAGUUCCACAAGCUGAACGCCUCCUUCUCCUCCUGGCGGCGCUCCUGGAUGGUCGCCGUCGCUCACCGCGGAGGAGCCGACGACGAAGACGAGGAAGAGGAGGGAGAGGAGGGAGAGGAGGGAGAGGAGUGGCGGGCCUGGAAGGAGUCCUGGAGAAUCUGCCGCUGCAGGAAGACGGACAAAGACGAGGUGAUGAGCUUCUCCACGGAGCACCGGAGCCGUCGGGACGCCAUACAGGAAGUGGACGAAACGACAAGCAGGAAGUGGAUUCUGAGCUGGAAAAUGAACACAGCUAACGGCGGACAUGAGGAAGAGGAGGAGGAAGAGGAAGAGGAUGAGGAAGAUGAAGAUUAUGAGGAGAGCUGAAAUGUGAUCAAACAUUAUGAUCUGAGACAUUUUAAUGAACGUUGAUCUCAUUUCAGUUUUUAUUUUUAUUUUUUUACCAUUUUUAGUUGUAAAAAUAACAAAACAACCAAAACUUUCCUGUUAAUUACAGGAAAGUUUCCAGCUGCUGUUUCCACCGCUAGCUAAAGCGUUAGCUGCGCUAGUUAAAGCGUUAGCUGAGCUAGCUAAAGCGUUAGCUGCGCUAGCCUGGAGCACUGAUGACAAAUAUUAGUUCUGCUAGCUAAAAUCGCUAUAACAACACAGUAUUUUACAGAUGCUAACGCUAGAGCAUUAGCAUCUGUAAACUACACACAUUUCAGGAAAUGAUUAAGUUCAAAGGUCAGCAACCCAGAGACUACAGAUGAAAACAAUCCUUUAUGGCCAACACUGGAAUAUUUGAUGAAGAGCAUAAAAUAAAGUAACCUGUAAAUUCAUUAUAGGAAAUAUGAGAAAGUAUUUUAUGUUUUGUGAAAAUAACCUGUAAAUUAUCGUAUAAGUUAUCUUUACGUACCAGGAAGGUUCCGGUGAGUUUCUGGAAACUAACAUUUAAAUUUCUCUGUGAAAGUGACGUGUAAGUUCCAGGAAAAUAAGAUGCAGAUUGUUAGAGAGCAUCGAUUAAAAACUGUCUGUUGAUAUUUGUACAAAAAUGUAAAUUGUACAUCAGAAAUAUUUAAUAAAUUUUAAAUAAUAAAUUGAA